UUUGAUCCCUAAGCUAGUCCACGUGUCAAAGCCUCUACACCCUUGAAGUCGAGAACUUUCGUGUUUCGAUCUCUCCAACAUUAAAAAGUCUCAAAAUUUCUCUCUUUCCGUCCAACAAUAAACAAAAGCUGAUCCGAAUCCUAUGAACGACUCAUCUUUUGAUUCAUUUUUCGCGUCCGUGACUGUAACUGUUUUAUAGGUUUGCAAGACAUACUGUACGACUUGCUGUAUUUGAGUGUGUUCUCAUACUAUCUAAUACUUUUUGGAGGUAGAAGAAUUCUUGAAACCUUUGAAAUCAUCAACCAUGAGUUUUGUUUUCCGAGGGAGUAGAGCAGAUAUUGAAAGUGGAUUUCCAGGAUUUGCUCCUGAACCACCAGCAAUGCGCAUGCACACAGUGCGGCCGGUUAAUUCCAACUCACUUGCUUUUCUUGUCACAGCAGUUCUUUUGCUUUUCAUGAUUUUGAACUCUAAUCAGAUGUCACCAAACUUUUUGAUCUGGCUAGUUGUGGGUGUCUUUUUGAUGGCCACAAUCCUGAGGAUGUAUGCAACUUGUCAACAACUUCAAGCUCAGGCCCGCGCUCAUGCUGCGGCAGCCAGUGGCUUGCUAGGUCAUACUGAACUGCGACUACACAUGCCACCAUCAAUAGCUUUUGCAACAAGAGGACGAUUACAAGGACUAAGACUCCAGCUUGCACUUCUUGACCGAGAGUUUGAUGAUCUAGAUUAUGAUACUCUCAGAGCAUUGGACUCUGUUAAUACUUCCACCACUCCUUCAAUGAGUGAGGAAGAGAUAAAUACUUUACCUGUUCACAAGUACAGAGUUGCUGGCUCAGAGAAUUCAUCACGGCAACAGGCAUCAUCUUCUUCGGGCCCAGCUGAGACUAAGCAAGACUUUAGAAAGGCGGAUGGGAGCAUCAGGGGCCCAGAUGAUGAACUGACAUGCAGCAUUUGCUUGGAGCAAGUUAAUAUGGGGGAGCUAGUUCGUAGCUUGCCAUGUUUGCAUCAGUUUCAUGCCAAUUGCAUUGAUCCAUGGCUGCGGCAACAAGGCACAUGCCCUGUUUGUAAAUUUAGUGUGGGAUCGGGAUGGCAGGAUAGAAGGGAGAGUGAAUCAGAUGGGUCAGACAUGGUUUAAUGACUCAGUCAAGGAUAUAUAUAUAUAUAUAUAUAUAUAUAUAUAUAUAUUUAGCUUUCCAUAUUGUCUUUUGCAUAAAAAUAAUAUACUCUUGAGUUACAUAUGUAUAUAAGUUUCAGUCUCGGCAUUUUCUUAACUUGGGCAUGAAGCAUGCCUCCUUUUUUCCCUUGAUAAAUAAAAGAGAUACUUAAUAUUCUAUUCGUA